AUGUACGUUCACUGCAAAGAAGGCACGGGACGCAGUGUGGCGGUGACCUUGUGUUGGCUCGUGGCUGCUCGUGAAAUGGAUUCUUUAGCGGCACAAGAGUAUCUGAGUGGGAAACGCCACGUGCGCAAAGUCGCUUUACUUGCAUCCAGAUGGAUGGAGUGCUGCCAAGGAGAAGGAAAAAAACUCUGGAUUCUGUCCGAUCAGAAACUUCGCGUCGAGAACGUCAAUGCGUUGCUGGAUAUCCACAUGGCGAACUUUGAACGGUACAUGAUCGAGAAAAUGAAGUUGGCGCGCUCGCAUUCGUUUUACCAUGCAAAAGGCCUGGGACUCUUUGCGGUGCCAUGUCAAUCUAUUGCAAAGCUUUACACUGCCAACGUAGGACAUCUGAAAGGGGCAGCGCAACUGGCAGAUCUGGGCACUCGCAACUCUCGUACUCUAUGCUGCGUUCCAACUGCAUCUGUUGCCCAAGCAGCAGCCCAAGUCGCAGCCCAAGUCGUAGCUCAAGUAUUCUUUUUCCUGACGUGGCCACUCACGUACUUAUCGCAACGUCAGAAGUACUGGACGCUGGUGGACUCGCAUGUCCUGCUGGGAGCAGCGUCCACAGCUUUUCUGCCUCAUGUUGACGCUCCAGCAGCUUGUGGGGUUGAUGCAGUUGUCAAUCUACGUGAUGAGUACGCAUGCCCUAUGGAGCAGUACAAGAGACACCACAUCCAGCAGCUUCAACUGCCGACAGUUGACCACUUUUCGCCUUCACUUGAGGCAUUAACAGCAGCUGUUGCGUUCAUUUAG